AGCCCCAAAACCCACGGCAAAUAAAAUAUGCUAAGAGAAAAUUAAUUAGAAAGAGAGAAAAAUAAGAGGCUGCAGAUCAGAAGCAUGGCUUCGAAGGAGCAUAAAAGAGCAGCGCUGAAUGAGAAGUUGCAGCAGCUUCGUGCUGCCACCAACUCUAGUGCUAUGAACAAAGCCUCAAUUAUAGUAGAUGCUUCCAAAUAUAUAAAGGAGUUGAAGAAAAAAGUGGAAAGACUGAAUAAAGAUAUUGGAACUUCCACUGCCCAAAAUUCAUUGCCUGCGCAGGUUACCGUGGAAACCCUAGAAAGGGGUUUCCUUGUAAAUGUUUUCUCAGGAAAAAACUGCCCCGGUUUGCUCGUCUCAAUCCUAGAAGCCUUCGAGUUGCUGGGUCUGGAUGUGCUCGAUGCUAGGGUUUCUUGUUCAGACGUUUUCCAAUUAGAAGCCGUUGGAGGAGAAAAUACACAACACAUUGAAAGCUUAGAUGCUCGAGUGGUGAAGCAAGCAGUGGUGGAAGCAAUCAAGAACUGGAGUGGAAGUAGUGAGAAGUAAUCCACCAUCAUCCCCAUUGCUUACUCAUCUUUUUCCCUUUCCGUGUGGUACUGGAAACAAUUAUCCACCGUUGAUCAUGAUCAAGUCACAACUAGUGUCAAAACACACUAGCAAAUUCCAAAGCCAGAGAGUUUGUAUUUUCAUCCAAAAACGCAUAUCGGGCAUUGCUGGUGAAGAAACCUAGUAUGCCUUUUUUUCUUCUAAAUAAAAUAAAGUUAGUUGAUUUCCCUUCA